AUGAGCUACACAUGGGAGGCUGUUAAUUCCAGAAACGAUGGAAUUUAUAAAUUCAACAUCUGUGGAAAUGUGGAUCUUCCCGGAUGUGGGCCAACAAGUGCCGUUUGUAUGUGCGACGUAAAGACAAAAACCUGUCGAUCAGUGGGUGAUUCACUUUUGAGAAGUUCAUCCAGAUCCCUUCUGGAAUUCAACACCACUACGGACUGCCAGCCUUCAGAUUCUCAGCAUAGAACCCAGACCAGUAUUACAUUUCUGUGUGGGAAGACCCUGGGGACUCCUGAGUUUGUGACGGCCACAGACUGUGUGCAUUACUUUGAGUGGAGAACUACUGCGGCCUGCAAGAAAGACAUAUUUAAGGCUGACAAAGAGGUGCCAUGCUAUGCAUUUGAUGACAAGUUAAAGAAGCAUGAUUUAAACCCACUGAUCAAGCUGAGUGGUGGCUACCUGGUAGAUGAUUCUGACCCUGAAACAUCUCUGUUCAUCAACGUGUGUCGAGACAUAGACUCCCUUCGGGACCCAAGCACACAGCUGAGAGCCUGUCCUGCUGGCACUGCCGCCUGUCUGCUGAAGGGAGACCAGGCAUUUGAUGUUGGACGGCCUAAGGAAGGGCUGAAGCUAGUGAGCAAGGACAGGCUUGUUCUGAGUUACGUGAAGGAAGAGGCAGAAAAGCCAGACUUCUGUAAUGGUCACAGCCCUGCAGUGACGAUAACAUUUGUGUGCCCGUCUGAGCGGAGAGAGGGCACCAUCCCGAAACUCACUGCCAGUUCCAACUGUCGUUACGAGGUUGAGUGGAUCACCGAGUAUGCCUGCCACAGAGAUUACUUGGAGAGUGAAACCUGCUCACUGAGCAGUGAGCAGCAUGACAUCGCCAUUGACCUCAGUCCCUUGGCCCAACAGGGAGGGUCCUCUUAUGUUUCUGAUGGAAGAGAGUAUACAUUUUAUAUAAAUGUCUGUGGGAACGCAACGGUCCCACUCUGUAACCUUAAAGAGUCUGCUGUUUGUCAAGUGAAGAAGGCAGAUUCUACUCAAGUCAAAAUAGCAGGAAGACACCAGAACCAGACACUCCGCUACUCGGAUGGAGACCUCACCCUGAUCUAUUCUGGAGGUGACGAAUGCAGCUCCGGCUUCCAGCGAAUGAGUGUUAUCAACUUUGAGUGCAACAAAACCGCAGGUAACGACGGGAGAGGAGAGCCUGUGUUCACAGGUGAAGUGGACUGUACCUACUUCUUCACAUGGGACACCAGAUAUGCCUGUGUCAAAGAGAAGGAAGAUCUCCUCUGCGGGGUCAGCGACGGCAAAAAACGUUAUGACCUGUCUGUGUUGGCUCGACACUCAGAAUCAGAGAAGAACUGGGAAGCAGUGGAUGGCGACCAGGCUGAAUCUGAAAAGAAGUAUUUCUUCAUUAACGUCUGUCACCGAGUGCUUCAGGAGGGCAAGGCCAGGAGCUGUCCUGAAGAUGCUGCUGUGUGUGCUGUGGAUAAGAAUGGAAGUAAAAACCUUGGAAAAUUUGUCUCUUCUCCUACAAGUGAGAAAGGAUACAUACAGCUCUCUUAUUCUGAUGGUGAUGACUGUGGUAGUGAUAAGAAAAUAACAACUAACAUCACUCUUGUGUGCAAACCAGGUGAUCUAGAAAGUGCUCCGGUGUUGAGAACUGCUGGACCUGAUGGUUGCUUCUAUGAAUUUGAGUGGCACACAGCUGCUGCCUGUGUGUUAUCGAAGACAGAAGGAGAGAACUGCACGGUCUUUGAUGCCCAGGCAGGGUUUUCUUUUGAUUUGUCACCUCUCACAAAGAAGAAUGGUGCAUAUAAAGUUGGGACAGAGAAAUAUGACUUCUACAUAAAUGUUUGUGGCCCUGUAUCUGUGGACCUUUGUCAGCCCAAUUCAGGGGCUUGCCAGGUAGCAAAAAGUGAUAAGAAGUCUUGGAACCUGGGACUGAAUAAUACUAGACUUUCUUACUAUGAUGGGAUGAUCCAGCUGAGCUACAGGGGUGGCACGCCCUAUAACAAUGAAAAGCAUACACCGAGAGCCACGCUGAUCACCUUUCUAUGUGACCGAGAUGCUGGAGUGGGCUUCCCAGAAUAUCAGGAAGAGGACAACUCUACCUACAACUUCCGGUGGUAUACCAGUUAUGCCUGCCCAGAAGAGCCCUUGGAGUGCAUGGUGACAGACCCCUCCAUGAUGGAACAGUAUGAUCUUUCCAGUUUAGUGAAGUCUGAAGGCCGAAGUGGAGGAAACUGGUACGCCAUGGAAAACUCCCGGGAACAUGUCACACGGAGGAAAUACUACAUCAAUGUUUGUCGGCCCCUGAAUCCUGUGCCAGGCUGUGAUCGAUACGCAGCUGCUUGCCAGAUGAGAUAUGAAAACAGUGAGGGCUCCUUGGCUGAGACUGUAUCCAUCAGUAACUUGGGAGUUGCAAAGACAGGCCCUGUGGUAGAGGAGAGUGGCAGUCUCCUCUUAGAAUAUGUGAACGGCUCUGCUUGUACUACCAGUGAUGGACGGUUAACCACCUACAGCACCAGGAUCCAUCUUGUCUGUGGUCGGGGCAGCUUGAAUACCCACCCCAUAUUCACUUACAACUGGGAAUGUGUGGUCAGUUUCCUGUGGAACACAGAGGCUGCCUGCCCUAUCCAGACGAUCACAGAUACAGAUCAGGCUUGUUCUAUAAGGGACCCCAACAGUGGAUUUGUGUUCAAUCUUAGCCCACUCAACAGAUCUCAAGGAUAUGUGGUCCCUGGCAUUGGAAAGAAUUUUGUGUUCAAUAUCUGUGGUGCAAUGCCUGAGUGUGGGACGAUUGCAGGAAAUCCAGCCUUUGGCUGUGAGGCAGGAACCCAGACAGAAUUGGAGAGCCUGAAACCAGAAAGGCCAGUUGGAAUGGAAAAGAGCCUCCAGUUGUCUACUGAGGGCUUCCUCACUCUGACCUACAAAGGGUCUUCCCCCUCAGACAAAGGCACAGCAUUCAUCAUCCGUUUCAUUUGCAACGAUGACAUUUACCCAGGAACUGCCAAAUUUCUGCAUCAGGACAUCGACUCUACACGGGGGAUACGGAACACUUUCUUUGAGUUUGAAACUGCAUUGGCUUGUGUUCCUUCUCGAGUAGAUUGCCAAGUAACUGACCCAGCUGGGAACGAGUAUGACCUCAGUGCCUUGAGCAUGGCUGGGAAACCGUGGACUGCCGUGGACACCUCAGUGGACGGGAAGAAAAGAAGUUUCUAUCUGAGCGUCUGUACUCCUCUCCCUUACAUUCCUGGAUGUCAUGGCAGUGCAGUGGGGUCCUGCAUGGUUCUUCCCGCAGAAGACAGAGGUUUGAACUUGGGUGUGGUACAGAUCAGUCCUCAAGCCGAUGCAAACGGAUCCCUCAGCAUCCUAUAUGUCAAUGGUGACAAGUGUGGAAACCAGCGCUUCUCCACCAGGAUAAUAUUCGAAUGUGCCCAGACGUUGGGGUCACCCGUGUUCCAGUUCGUGAAAGACUGUGAAUACAUGUUUGUGUGGAGAACAGUGGAGGCCUGUCCUGUGGUCAGGGAGGAAGGAGACAACUGCCAGGUGAAAGACCCCAGGCAUGGCAAUUUUUAUGACCUGAAGCCCCUGGCACUCAGUGACACCAUCAUCACUGCUGGCGAGUACACCUACUACUUCCGGGUCUGUGGGAAGCUAUCCUCAAAUGUCUGUCAUGUCCGUGAUGGAUCCAAGGUAGUCUCGUCAUGCCAGGAAAAGAAAGGAUCACAGGGAUUUCAGAAAGUGGCAGGGCUGCUUACUCAGAAGCUGACUUACGAAAAUGGACUGCUGAAAAUGAACUACACUGGGGGAGACACCUGCCACCAGGUGUAUCAGCGCUCCACCACCAUCUAUUUCUACUGUGACCGGAGUACUCAGAAGCCAGUGUUUCUGAGGGAGACUACAGACUGCUCCUAUUUGUUCGAGUGGCGAACACAGUAUGCUUGCCCACCUUUCAACGUGACGGAGUGCUCUACCCAGGAUGGGGCUGGCAACUCCAUUGACCUCUCCUCACUGUCGAGAUAUAGUGAUAACUGGGAGGCUGUGACCAGGACAGGGGCCACCGAGCACUACCUCAUCAACAUAUGCAAGUCUCUGUCACCACGGGCUGGCGGUGGUGAGCCAUGCCCUCCAGAGGCAGCUGUGUGCUUGCUGGAUGGCUCCAAGCCUCUGAACCUCGGCAAGGUGAGGGAUGGCCCUCAGUGGACAGGUGGUGUGACAGUCCUGAAGUAUGUGGAUGGCGACUUGUGUCCAGACCAGAUUCGGAAAAGGUCAACCAUUAUUCGUUUCACCUGCAGUGAGAGUCAAGUGAGCUCCAGGCCUCUGUUCAUCAGUGCUGUGCAGGACUGUGAGUACACCUUCUCCUGGCCCACACCUGCCGCCUGCCCUGUGAAGAACAGUACACAUGAUGACUGCCAAGUCACCAACCCCAGCACAGGCCACCUGUUUGACCUGAGUUCCUUAAGUGGCAAAGCUGGCGUCACCGUCUCCUACAGUGAGAAGGGGUUGGUCUACAUGAGCAUCUGUGGGGAGAAUGAGAACUGUGGCGCUGGUGUGGGGGCCUGCUUUGGACAGACCAGGAUCAGCGUGGGCAAGGCCAGCAAGAGACUGAGCUACGUGGAUCAGGUCUUGCAGCUGGUGUAUGAAGAAGGGUCCCUGUGUCCCUCCAAAUCAGGCCUGAGGUAUAAGAGUGUCAUCAGUUUCGUGUGCCGGCCUGAGGCAGGACCUACCAACAGGCCCAUGCUCAUCUCUUUGGACAAGCAGACGUGCACACUCUUCUUCUCCUGGCACACGCCCCUGGCUUGUGAGCAAGUGACUGAAUGUACUGUGCGGAAUGGAAGUUCCAUUAUUGAUCUGUCCCCUCUCAUCCAUCGUACUGGUGGCUAUGAAGCAUAUGAUGAAAGUGAGGAUGGCACCUCUGAUACCACCCCUGACUUCUACAUCAACAUCUGCCAGCCACUGAAUCCCAUGCAUGGAGUGCCCUGCCCUGCAGGUGCUGCAGUAUGCAAAGUUCCCGUGAACGGGCCCCCUAUAGACAUUGGCCGAGUCACAGGUCCUCCGAUAUUCAACCCUGUGGCGAAUGAAGUCUACUUGAACUUUGAAAGCAGUACUCCUUGUUUAGCGGACAAGCACAUGAACUACACCUCGCUCAUCGCCUUUCACUGCAAGAGAGGGGUCAGCAUGGGAACUCCUAAGCUGAUAAGGACCAAUGACUGCGACUUUGUGUUUGAAUGGGAGACUCCAAUCGUCUGUCCCGAUGAAGUGAAGACGCAGGGCUGUUCUGUCACAGAUGAACAGCUACUUUACAGCUUCAACCUGACCAGCCUCUCUACGAGCACUUUCAAGGUUACCCGGGACUCUCACACGUACAGUAUAGGGGUGUGCACCACAGCAGCUGGCUUAGACCAGGGAGGCUGCAAGGACAGUGGCGUCUGUCUGCUAUCUGGGAGCAGAGGGGCAUCCUUUGGGCGCCUAGCAUCGAUGCAGCUGGAUUACAGGCACCAGGACGAAGCAGUCAUUUUGAGCUAUGUGAAUGGUGAUCCGUGCCCUGCAGAAACAGAGGAUGGUGAUCCCUGCGUCUUCCCCUUCAUCUACGAAGAGAAGACCUAUGAGGAAUGUGCUUUGGAGGGACGGGCAAAACUAUGGUGUAGCAAAACUGCAAAUUACGAUCGUGACCAUGAAUGGGGCUUCUGCAGACAGACCAACAGCUACCGGAUGUCUGCCAUCAUAUUUACAUGUGAUGAAAAUGAGGACAUUGGGAGGCCAGAAGUCUUCAGUGAAGUUCGUGGCUGUGAGGUGACGUUUGAAUGGAAAACAAAAGUUGUCUGCCCUCCGAAGAAGAUGGAGUGCAAGUUCGUUCAGAAGCAUAAAACCUAUGACUUGCGGUUGCUCUCAUCCCUCACAGGGUCCUGGGACUUUGUCCACGAAGGAACCUCGUACUUUAUCAAUCUGUGUCAAAGAGUAUAUAAAGGACCCCUGGACUGCUCGGAAAGGGCCAGCGUUUGCAAGAAGAGCGCAUCUGGCCAAGUCCAGGUUCUGGGGCUUGUUCAUACACAGAAGCUGGAUGUCAUAGAUGACAAGGUCAUUGUCACUUACUCAAAAGGCUAUCCUUGCGGUGGUAAUAAGACUGCAUCCUCUGUAAUCGAGUUGUCCUGUGCGAAGACUGUGGGCAGGCCUACAUUCAAGAGGUUUGACAGUGACAGUUGUACCUACUACUUUCGCUGGGAUUCAAGGGCUGCCUGUGCCGUGAGGCCUCAGGAAGUGAGCAUGGUGAAUGGAACGCUCACCAACCCUGUGACCGGCAGGAGCUUCAGCCUCGGGGAAAUUUACUUUAAGCUGUUCAGUGCCUCUGGGGACAUGCGAACCAAUGGGGACAACUACCUGUAUGAGAUACAGCUCUCCUCCAUCACCAGCUCUACCAACCCUGCAUGCUCUGGUGCCAACAUCUGCCAGGUGAAGCCCAAUGAUCAGCACUUCAGCAGGAAAGUGGGCACCUCUGACAGGACCAAGUACUAUGUCCAAGAUGGCGAUCUGGAUGUGGUGUUUGCCUCAUCCUCCAAGUGCGGGAAAGAUAAGACCAAAUCUGUCUCAUCCACCAUCUUCUUCCACUGUGACCCUCUGGUGAAGGAUGGGAUCCCAGAGUUCAGCCACGAGACUGCUGACUGCCAGUACCUGUUCUCCUGGUACACUGCGGCUGUGUGUCCUCUGGGUGUGGCCUUUGAUGGUGAGAAUGCUGGGCCAGAGUAUAAAGGACUCUCAGAGAGGAGUCAGGCCGUUGGGGCGAUCCUAAGCCUUCUCCUGGUGGCACUGACUUGCUGUUUGCUGGCCUUGCUGCUCUACAAGAAGGAGAGAAGGGAAACGGUGAUAAACAAGCUGACCAAUUGCUGCAGAAGAAGCUCAGGCAUAUCCUACAAGUACUCAAAGGUCAACAAGGAAGAGGAGACCGAUGAGAAUGAAACGGAAUGGCUGAUGGAAGAGAUCCAGCUGCCAACCCCAAAACUAGGCAAAGAGGGACAGGAGAACGGCCACAUUACCACCAAGGCCGUGAAAGCAGAUGCUCUCACUUCCCUGCAUGGGGAUGACCAGGACAGUGAGGAUGAAGUCCUGACCAUCCCAGAGGUGAAAGUUCACUCGGGCAGAGGAGCCGAGGUAGAAAGCUCACAGCCCAUGAGAAACCCACAGCGCAAGGUCCUUAAGGAAAGGGAGGACGACAGGGUGGGGCUGGUCCCAGGAGAGAAGGCCAGAAAAGGGAAGCCCAGACCUGGACAGCAUAAGUCUCCAACCUCUACCAAGCUGGUGUCCUUCCAUGACGACAGCGACGAGGACCUCUUACACAUCUAACUCCGCGGUGCCUACAGGAGAACGUGGAGCCAUGGGACAGCCAAGCACCUCCAACCAAAUAAGACUUCAACUCGAUGAUGCUUCUAUCAUUUUGCCUUUAACAAAAACUGCUUCAAAGGGAAGAGUUUUUGUGAUGGGGGAGAGGGUGAAGGAGGUAGGCACCACUCCUUCAUGAUCGUUUACAGUCAGUGGAACAAGUGUUGCUUGAAUUGGCCAAAGGGCGGUACUUUGUGCCAGGGUUUUGCCCCAAGUCCUCACUUAAAGCAUAGCUGCAGUGUGCUUCCAACAGGUGCCAAGGCCACGUGCAUCUCACCCCAGAGGGCUGUGUUUGAAAAAAACCCUUGCUGCUUUAGACCCUAUAGGGUGUUUGACCAUUUAUAUUUUUAGCAUUGUAAUUCUCUCCCCCUAUUUAUUGACUUUGACAAUUACUACUCAGGUUUGCGAAAAACGAAAAAACAAAACAGAAAGAAGCCAGUUUCUUCUGCCACCUAGGGUGUGAAUGAAGCUGGCAGUGUGCUGGGGCCAUUGCUGUGUGUGGCUCCUGAACUGGUCCUUGACACACACAUUAGUGAGCUGCAGUAUUCCUCUUUGCUUUCCAUUUUGUAAGGGCAUACACCUACAGGUCCCCGAGUGCCUAGGUUUGGGAAGGCCCGCCUGCUCCAUGCCUCAUCUCGUAGCUGCAGCUCUUUGCAAGCAUCCUCAUGGGUGUUGCUUUUGCCAGCUGGUGAGUCCCAGCAGCUCACCCAGAGGUGGACAUGUGACUGGAGUUGAGGCGUCAUGGAGAGUAGCUGUACUUCAGGUUUGGGCUGUAGGUCUCAUCUCUUCAGGUUCUCAUGAUACCACCUUUACUGUGCUUUUUUCUUUUUUUAAGGGGAAAAAGUGUUUAUCACGAAUUUGACCUAUAAGAAGCCUUAAUUUGCACAGGGUGACUUACAGACAUCGUGUGAAACACGGUGGGCCAGUGUUGUGUGUGGACCUGUGCCUGGGCAGUGUCCCAGGAUGGAAAGACAGGCCUGGUGUUCUUCCACUGGCUGUGGACUUUUCUUGACAUGUUCAAUGACUUCUCACAUUGUAGAACUGUACAUAGGUGGUAUCUACAUAGCGAAAAGCAAACCGCCCUGCAGAUUUCUUGGUUUUAUGCCUAUUUGGCUGGCUUAAUUUGAUUUCAACAUGAGUGUAUUUUUAAAAAUUGAUUUUUCUCUCUUCAUUUUUUUCAAUCAACUGUACUGUAAUAUAAAGUAUUCGAUUUCAAUAAAAAAUAAAUUAUUAA